CGAGUCGGCUGGAUUUUGUGUUUCCGCUCCAGAAGAGAACGAUCAUGUGGUAUUUUCUCGUCGCAGCUCUCUUCCUUCUGCUCUGCUACAAAGUGUUGAGAGUGUCCCUGUUUUGGAGGAACAAAGGCAUUCCCUACGAGCCUUACUACUGUUAUCUGUAUCGCAUUUUGUGGAUUUUGAACACGCGGAGCUUCGCGGACUUUCAACACUACGCCGCCAAGCGAUACGGUCGGUUUUUCGGAACCUACAAAGGCUUGACGCCAUGUAUUGCCACCCAGGAGCUCGAUAUCGCCAGAGAAGUUCUGAUAAAGCAGUUCGACAAGUUCUUCAAGCGGGGCUCAGAUUUCAAAUCGGGCGAUCCGAUCUGGGACAACAGUCUCCUGAACUUGUCUCACGAUGAGUGGAAGCUGAUGCGAAGUGCGAUGGGUUACGCCUUCACGACGGCCAAAAUGAAGCCCAUGAUCACGAAGUUUACUCUAACCGCCCAACGUUUGAUUGGAAAACUGAACAGGCUCGCUGAGGCGAAUGGAGGAAAGCUCGAGCGGGAGUUCGGCGAGUUCGCGAAGCUUUACGCCGUUGAUACCACGAUGGCUAUCGCGUACGGCAAGGACACCAAUUGCGUGGAACAUCCCGACGCCAAGCUUAUAAGACACACUCGCAUCGCGCUAUCGCCAGGCUUGGCAACCCUGUUGUUCUUCGUGGCGCCGAACUUCUUCAGAUACGUCCCGGGAGUCACGUUCCCACCAAAGCCCACGAUGGAUUACUUCAGAGGACUCGCAAAACACAUGUUCAAGGAGAAACGAGCUGGACUCGACAAAGCUAUUGCCGAUGAAACCGCGGACAUAAUCGAUCGACAAUUACUGCUGCAACGCGAAGACCCGAGGAUCACGGAUGACCUAAUGACUUCGCAAGCUUUCUUUUUGAUGAUAGGGGGUCUCGAUGCUGUCGGGUUCGCAUUCAACAUCAGCGUAUACUACCUGGCGCUGUUCCCCGAAGCUCAGCGGAGAGCCUACGAAGAAAUCAGGUCGCUCCUCGGCGAUCGUAGGGAAGUGGAGUACAGAGAUCUUCAGCAGCUGAAGUAUGUGGAGGCUCUGAUCCUUGAAUCCUUUCGGUUUUUCCCCUUCGCUUUCCAGCUCGACAGACUCUGUACGAUUGAGACGGAAGUCUGCGGGAUCCGAUUCGAGAAGGGGAUGGCGAUCGAUAUAUUCGGGAAAGAGAUGAUGCGGGAUCCGCGUUAUUUCUCGAAGCCGGCUGAAUUCCGGCCGGAGAGAUUCCUCAAAGAGGAACCCGAAUUGACAGCAGAAAUGGGGGCUUUCCUGCUGUUUGGUGAUGGCCCGAAGCACUGCCCAGGAAAGAGAUUGGCACUGAUGAAUUCGCAAACGGCUCUGGCAAAUGUGAUCUUGGCUUUCAAGUUCGAAAAAUGUCCCGCGACUCCUGCCCAUCCCCCGGAGUUGCGGAGCGGCUUCGAUUUCGAGAAGAUGAUGCGGAAACCGCUGGUUAUCCGUAUCAUUCCCCGGUCGGACAUAAGGUUAUUAGAAUAAAGGAUUUUGAU